UCCUUUCUACACUGUUACACUACCAAAGGAAAAACACUCGAGUGGAUAGAAAGCCAGUGAUAACAUCAGUUCCAUUAUCUUCUUUGUUUCGUAGAAAACACUGUAAUGGCCUCAAUACCAUCAUGUACAACUCAUCUACCCUUCAUUUCCAAACCUCAAAAGUCUCCAUCUUUUUCCCCCAAAUUAAGUUCUCAGUUUCUGGGCAUCCAAAAUAAGGUUGGUUGGGUAAGACACUGCAGAAUUGGACCCUCCAAUGGGUCAAGAGUAAAGUGCUGGUUCAAGUUUGGUAAAAGUGGUGUUGAUGCUGAAGGAGCUGGCAUUUAUGGCAGCCAAUCCCGUGAUGACUUUGAUAGAGAUGAUGUUGAGCAGUACUUUAACUACAUGGGGAUGCUUGCUGUUGAAGGUUCAUAUGACAAGAUGGAGGCUCUCCUAAGUCAAAAUAUUCAUCCAGUAGACAUCUUAUUGAUGUUGGCUGCUUCAGAAGGUGACAAGCCAAAAAUUGAAGAGUUGUUAAGAGCUGGAGCAAGUUACAAUGUCAAGGAUACAGAUGGACGGACCGCACUUGAUAGAGCCAACGAAGAAAUUAGGGAAUUCAUCCUUCAGUUUUCAGUUCAAAUGGCAUGAUUAUUUUUAGAUAAAUGUACCAAUCCAUUUGCCUGUAUUGUGCUUUAUAGUUGUUGCUUCUCAAGUUAUGACAAGUUGGACAUUUAGUAUCUUGUUCUGCAGAGAAAUAUAAUGUAAUGUUUUGAGGUUAGUUGGUCAUCAGUCUACGUCAAUGCAUGAUGUAAUUCAAACAGCUGGUAGAUAUAUUAAAUAAGAUUUUAGUCAACUUGUUUAGCAGUGUUGCCAUGAUAA